AUGUCCGUCAGCAUCAUCGUGAGGAAGGUCUCUAACCUGCCGGGACAAUCCCCACGCCUAGUCACGCUCUCAUUCAGAGGUUUCACCCAGAAGACCAAAGUGGUGCACAGCGAGGGCAUAGCCUACUUUAACGAGUCUUUCCGCUGGCCUCACUACGGUAAAGUCAUCCGACAUGAAGUGCUGACGAUCCGAGUUUACAACUUUAGUAAAGUCUUCUCCAACAGACUACUUGGCAAGCUGGUGGUGGGCCUCGAGCACAUCGUUACCUCGGGGAGGCUGGUGCUACGGGAACCGCUCACCGAUGGCAAACAUCUCCUCACGGAUAUCUAUGUGGAGUUGGACGUGCGCUACCUUCCACUGGAAGGCGCCGCUGGAGGUUGGGAAGGACAAGACUUUGUCAGAGUGGAGGAUGAAGACCAAUCGGAGUUGGGUUCCCCUAACGAAGCCUUCGAAGAUGAUGAGAGCCCUCAGUUGUUGAGCCGUUACGAGAGGGAACUGGAGAGGGAGGCUCGACAGCUGGGACGCAACCUCAUCCGGGACCAAGGGGGCCAUGACGAGGAUGAGUCCGACGAUGACUCUGACGACGACUCAGACGACCACAUGGACUUGGACAUGUCCGACAUCGUCUUCACUCCUUUAAUGAGUCGUUGCAGGCCUCUGUCCAGGCACAUCGUUGCAGCCAUGCCGAGACCUCAAAGUUUCCAGGUCAAUGUCAACAUCCUGGAAGCUCAGCAACUGGCAGGGGUCAACAUCAACCCGGCCGUGUUCAUCCGAGUGGGGGAGCAUAAGAAACACACGGCCACGCAGAAAUCAACCAGCUGUCCCUUUUACAAUGAAAACUUCCAGUUUGAGUUCCACGAGACUCCAGAAAGCCUCUUUGACAAAGUUAUCGAGAUCAAGGUGUACCACCGCCGCACUCUGGCCUUUCUGAUGACCCACAUUGGAACCUUCAAGAUGGACAUCGCCACCGUUUUCCGCCAGCCAGAGCACCGCUUCUACCAAAAGUGGGCGCCGCUCACCGACCCGGCCGACACCCGAUCUGGGGCCAAAGGAUACGUAAAGGCCACCAUUGGUGUGCUGAUGAAGGGUGAGGCUCUCAAUGCCCCCAGCCUACCACCUUCUACGGCCAACACCAACGAGGACAUUGAAAGAAAUCUGAUGUUACCUCGCGGCAUGCCCUCUGAACGUCCGUGGGCUCGAUUUCGGGUGCGAGUAUACAAGGCAGAGGGUCUACCCACCAUGGACGCGGGGUUGAUGGCCAAAAUUUCCAAAGUCUCAGAGCGAACAAUCUUCAUUGAUCCUUAUGUCCAAGUCACCUUCGCUGGACAAAAGGGUGAGACAUCCGUCGCUAACGCCACCAGCUGUCCGGUUUGGAACGAGGAGAUCUCCUUCAUCGAACAAUUCCCACCUCUGGCCCAGAGAAUCCGAAUCCAGGUCCUUGAUAAUAGCAGGAUGGGGGACAUCGCUCUGGCUACGCAUUUUCUUGACCUGCGGCAGAUUUCUGAUCCCACUAGGAAUGGUUUCAACCCUACCUUUGGACCAUGCUGGGUCAAUCUAUACGGUUCUCCUCAGAACUCGACUCUCGGAGACGUACACCAGGCUUUGAACCAGGGAAUCGGAGAAGGAAUCUUCUACCGUGGUCGAGUCCUUUUGGCGCUCUCUGUGGAGAUUUACUCCUCACCUUCCGCUGCGGACUCCAGCUCGUCCCCUCUAUCGAAGUUGAAAGGAACGCUAAGCCGGUUGGGACUUAGAAAGAAAAAGGAGAAGGAAACUUCCAGCCAAUCUGGCGAUGAGUCUGGUGAGGCAGGAGUGGAGGUGCCAGAGGCUGUGACUGUGGACGUGGAGGAGAUUCACCCCUUGCCUGAGGGCUUCUUGGGAGAAAUAGAAGACUUUCUCCUCUUUGCAUCUUUGUUUGAAGCCACUAUGAUGGAUCCUUCUGUCGCUGGCAAGCCCAUGACCUUCGAACUCUCAAUAGGAAAUCGAGGCAAGGCGGUGAAAGCCAGGACUUCUAAGAAGAACCAAAGCCAGGAGGAGCUUCGACAAAGCCGGGAAGACUUGAGACAAAGCCGAGAGGAUCUCAGCGAGGAGGCUCAAGUGCUUCUGGAGUCAGAGGAGGAGCUGGACAAUGAGGCGGGCCCGAGUCCGGAACCUGAAAUUAGAUCUUUGUCCCAGCCUAUGAGACCUCAACCUACUGAGUAUGACAGGUCGUUCCAGUGCAUCCCCUUGCAAGCUCCACUGGAGAAACACAAGCCUUGUUUGUUCAUCUGGAGUCAAUUUCAAGACCAUAGCUUUCGUCUGUACCAAGCUAACUGGCUCAGCAAGAUGGCGGACAGGCUGGAAAUCGGUCUGGACGAGGUGGAGCGACUGGGGCGGAGGCCUCGCAGCAACGUGAGGGAGCGUCUGAUUCAAGUGCUACUGGAGUUGAUCACUUCCUGCAAACAAUUCCGACUGUUUGCCGACAGGCGUGCCCAGUUUCGUCCCAACAACCUGGACGCACGCAGGAAAGACUUUAUCAAAAAGAACUUGACGAUAGUAGCCAGAAGGGCCCUGAGGGCCAGGCUGAGGGUAAGCCGGCGGUCGCUCAAACAGCGAUUAAUGGACGUUAAGAAACUCCUCAGCAAGAUUCGACACUUGGCUAAAGAGCCCCAGAGCACCAUCCCGGAUGUUUUCCUGUGGUUGCUGAGCGGAAGCAAACGGUUGGCCUACGUCAGGAUCCCCGCCCACUCCGUCAUCUUCUCAUUGGUGGAGGACCAGAGGGGGCGGGACUGCGGGCGGGUCACCACACUCUACAUGAAGUCCCCGGGAGGUUCCACCAGUGAGAUCUUCGCCAAACUAGAGGUGUACCUGUGGCUGGGUCAGUCCAAACACAGUAAGCAGGCCCUCUCUUUGCUACCUGAUGAGUUCGAGCCCAUCUACGAGGAAUCGGAAGCAACGCAUGCGCCGGCGGUCGCCACAGCGCUCCGGAAGAUGCCCGUCAGUCUGUGCUGCCAAGAUAGCCGCUACUUCCAGUUGCGAUGUCACCUCUACCAAGCUCGCGGAAUCAUGGCGGCCGACGCUGAUGGCCUAUCAGAUCCCUUCGCCAAGGUGCUCUUCUCCACACAGUGUCAGGUGACCAGGGUGUCCCCGGACACUCUUUCCCCAGCAUGGUGCGAGUGUUUGCUAUUCGACCGCGUCCUGCUGGAAGGAACCAUGGAAGACCUCCGUCAUGACCCCCCUCUGGUCAUCAUCCACAUCUUCGACUACGAUGCCGUGGGCAGCCCCAAAUCUCUGGGCCGAGCCUACGCCGAACCCGAGUUCAAACCCGUGGAGGUGCUCUACCAGAAGCCUCGUCUUCGUUUCUUUGACAUCAACUUGGGGAGGGCGGCGGCGGGAGAGUUGCUGGCCACUUUCGAGCUCAUCGAGCUGGACUACUCGACGUUUGGCGAGCCCACCCUUCCUGCCAGCGUGGACCCUCAGGAGCUGACGUACUUGGAAGACCGGCGCUGCUACAACAUUCCGGAGGGGGUCCGACCUGUCCUCCGGAAUUUUAGAAUAGAGGUGUUGUUCUGGGGUUUGCGUGAGCUGAAGCGCGUGCAGCUUUUUGAGGUGGAGCGCCCCCUGGUGAGGAUAGAGUGCGCUGGCCGUUUGUUAGAGUCGGAGGAGAUGGAAAGCUACAAGACCCACGCCAACUUCAAGGAGCUCGUCCGCUUCCUCCACGUGAAGCUGCCAGAGCAGUCGUACCUCCACCCUCCUCUGACGCUGUUCGUGAUGGAGCGCCGAGCGUUCGGGCGCCAGGUUCUGGUGGGAACCCACGUGGUGCAGAGCCUAAUGGACUACGCGCCACCCGAGCUGAGCGAAGAGCCGGAGGAGGAAGAGGAAGAGCAGAGAUUUAAAAGGAGGAGGACCUCUCCAAUUCUGUCAAAGACCACCGUAUUAAAGUCUCUGAGAAAAAUCAAACUGGGCAACUUGACAAUCAAGGAGUCACUGAUUCCCAACAAUGCCCUGAAGCUGAUCAGUGCACCUUUCAAGAAACUUCUAAACAAGGACGAGCUGGAGGAGGACGUGCCGGAAAACGAGGAGCUGGACUGGUGGUCCAAGUAUUACGCAUCAAUGGAAGAGUUGGAAAAACAGGCUGCUGAAGAGCUGGAGAGGAAGAAGGAGGAAGAGGAAAGAGAUAAUGACACAAGUGUAGGGAAAUCGACAAUUGAUGAAGACGAAGAAGACGUGGACGUGGUCGUGCAGGUAGAACCUCCCAAACGGAAGAAAAUAGCCACGCUCAAGUUGUACGCAGGCGACUUGGAGUCAGAAUUCCGUCAAUUUCAAGACUGGCUAAAGAUAUUCCCGCUGCACAAAGGCCAAGCCAUCAGCGAGGAUGCCGAAGAAGAAGAGGAGCGUCUAAUGGGAAAAUACAAGGGUUCCUUCCUGGUCUACCCGAUGGACUCGGACAACGAAGACGAUCCCAAGAGCCAAAUCACCAAAGGGAUCCCGCAGAACUCGCCGCUCAAAUUGCUGAUUCGGAUUUACGUCGUCAAGGCCACCAAUCUGGCGCCCAACGACCCCAAUGGCAAAUCCGACCCAUAUCUGGUGAUCCGCAUUGGCACGCAGUCUCAAGACACCAAGGACCGCUAUAUCCCCAAACAACUCAACCCCGUCUUUGGAGAGGUGUUUGAGCUGACAGUGUCAUUCCCCCUGGAGACGGAAGUUCUGAUCCGAGUGAUGGAUCACGACCUGGUGGGCGCCGACGACCUCAUCGGUGAAACCCGAGUGGACCUGGAGAACCGCUUCUACACCCGACACCGUGCCACCUGCGGUCUGGCCCUCUACUACGAUGCGGACGGUUACAACGCGUGGCGCGACGCAAAAAAACCCUCCGUCAUCCUGUCCGAGCUCUGCAAGACAAACGGCAUCCCGCCGCCUGAAUAUCGAAUGACUGAGGUCAAAAUCCUCAACAAGAUCUUCAAGAUCCCACCGGACGCCGUCCCGGAAGAACUUUGGAACAAGACGGAUCGUACGCUGGAGGAAGCGGAGGAAGCGGAGGAGCACGCGGCCGUCAGCGUGCUGCGACGUUGGGACGACAUGAGCGAGUUCCUCCCCGCCGCCAAGGCGCUGGUACCCGAGCACGUGGAGGUCCGGCCGCUCGUCAACCAGGACAAACCCGGACUCCCGCAGGGCUACCUCCACAUGUGGGUGGACAUCUUCCCCACGGACGUUCCGGCGCCGCCCGCUGUGGACAUCAAGCCCAGAUUGCCCGUUCAGCACGAGCUGCGUGUCAUCAUCUGGAACACGGACGACGUCUUCCUGGACGAUGUCAAUCCUUUCACCGGCGAACCGUCGUCAGACAUCUACGUGAAAGGUUGGAUUCGGGGCAUGGAGGGGGACAAACAGGAGACGGACGUCCACUUCAACUCUCUCACCGGAGAAGGAAACUUCAACUGGAGAUUCGUCUUCCGCUUUGACUACUUGCCCACUGAGAAAGAGGUGGUGUACAAGCGCAAAGAGUCCUUCUUCUCGCUGGAGGAGUCCGAAUUUCGCCAGCCGGCCGUUCUCACGUUACAGAUUUGGGACUACGACCGCAUCUCGGCCAAUGACUUCCUCGGUUCAAUUGAGCUGCGCUUGAGCGACAUGGUACGCGGCGCCAAAUCAGCGUCUACGUGCACGGUGCAGAUGGCCAAGGAUCGCGCCGGCCCGCGGGCGUCCAUCUUCCGUUCCAAAAAAUUGAAAGGCUGGUGGCCCCUCACCCGACUCAAGACGGCGAAGGACUACGAGCGUGAGGCCGCCCAAGAAAAGGACAAGAAGAACAAGAAUAAGAAAGGCAAAGACAAAUGGUCCCGCUUGAAGCAGGAGGACGUCCAGUUCACCGACACAUCCGGCAACGUCCACCUGCUCAUGGGUAAAGUGGAAGCCGAAUUCCAUUUGCUGUCUUUGGAGCAAGCCGACGACACCCCGGUAGGGCGAGGCCGCAAGGAACCAGAAGCUCUGGAUAAACCAAACCGACCCACCACCAGCUUCACGUGGUUCGUCAACCCCAUGAAGACGUUCGUCUUCCUCAUCUGGAAGAAGUUCAAGAAGUUCAUCAUCUCCUUGUUCAUCCUGGCUCUUUUGGCGAUCUUCCUGGGCAUGCUGGUGUACACCCUGCCGCAACAAAUCACAUCCCUCCUCAUUGCGGGAUGA